GACGGUGCCUGCGCUGUUUGAAACUGUGGAACCCGUUACGAUCUUGGGGAAACUACCGUUCCAGCCGGCUGCAGAGCCCGUGCGUGCCAGGGACGAGUGGCGGUCGCGAGGCGGUUCUUGCCUGUCGCCUCCCUGCAGCGUGGAGACCAGAACCGGCAUUUUCGAAGGACGCCACUUUCAAUCGCAGCGCUGGCGCGGGCGGAGGCCGAAACGCAGGGGUCCUGAGACUGAGGAAAACGCGCCAAGUUCCCGUCGGCUGCGGAGCGGGAGAGACCCUAGCGGUUGGGGCGCUCCGCGAGCGGGGUCGCUGCUUGGUGGCGCUCCUUGCCGUGCGUGGCGGCCGCGGAUGGGCGCCGCAACGGGGAUGUAGUCGGUGCCGGCGCAGGACAGGACCGAGCGGCGGCCGGGGUUCCCGCUCUUGCGGGCGGAUGGUCACUCCCCCGCGAGGAGGGCGAUCCGACCAGCUUUCCUUUGGGUCGGGGACCCGGCGGGUUCGGGGAAGGGACUCUCCUGUCGCACCCACCCUCAUUCCGGUCGGACUCGCCGGCGUCACCGCCGCGGACCUCGCUUCGGGCCAUGACCAGGAAUUGUGUCAUUUUAUAAAGGAAAUCACUUAAAACUACUGGGACUGAGCAUUCACGCCGUCAUUUGUCCAAGACUGUUAGCGUUCGACUGUGUGGUCUACGAGAUUUAUAGUUAUAAGAGAAAUAUUUUUGAUGCAGCAAACUCCCAGUUAUAAAGAAAGCCAGGGGCCAGAGAUGGGAUAGCACCCGAUAGCGGCACCUUGCAGAAUGCUGCAUUCUUGAUAUAAUUGGUGAUUACAACUUUCUUCUAUAAAUUCUUGCCAGCUCCUUGGGAUUUGAAGAGAAAAUGCCUGGUGUCAUACCUAGUGAAAAUAAUGGACUUUCGAGAGGUAGUCCAUCUAAGAAAAACAGACUUUCCUUAAAGUUUUUUCAGAAAAAGGAAACUAAGAGAGCCUUGGAUUUCACAGAUUCUCAAGAAAAUGAAGAAAAAGCUUCUGAAUAUAGAGGAUCUGAAAUUGAUCAAGUUGUUCCUGCAGCACAAUCCUCACCUAUAAACUGUGAGAAGAGAGAAAACUUAUUACCAUUUGUGGGACUGAAUAAUCUUGGCAAUACUUGUUAUCUUAAUAGCAUACUUCAGGUACUAUAUUUUUGUCCCGGUUUUAAGUCUGGAGUGAAGCACUUAUUUAACAUUAUUUCAAGGAAGAAAGAAGCUCUAAAAGAUGAAGCCAAUCAAAAAGAUAAGGGAAAUUGCAAAGAAGAUUCUUUGGCAAGUUAUGAACUCAUAUGUAGUUUACAGUCCUUAAUCAUUUCAGUUGAACAGCUUCAGGCUAGUUUUCUCUUAAAUCCAGAGAAAUAUACUGAAGAGCUUGCUACUCAGCCAAGGCGACUACUUAAUACACUCAGGGAACUCAACCCUAUGUAUGAAGGAUAUCUACAGCAUGAUGCACAGGAAGUACUGCAGUGUAUUUUGGGAAACAUUCAAGAAACAUGCCAGCUCCUAAAAAAAGAAGAAGUAAAAAGUGCGGCAGAAUUAUCUGCUAAGGUGGAAGAAGAGCCUAAUCAGAAAGAGGAAAUGAGUGGUGUUAGUGGCCUGGAGACUGACAGUGUUAGGCAUUCUGAAGAGUGUAAAGAAAAGCUCCCCAAAGGAAAUGGGAAAAGAAAAAGUGACAUUGAAUUUGGUAACAUGAAGAAAAAAGUUAAAGUAUCCAAGGAACAACAGUCAUUGGAAGAGAACCACAGACAAACCAGAUCAAAAAGAAAAGCCACAGAUGAUACGUUAGAGGUUCCUCCUAAAACAAUCCCCAAGUACAUGUCUGAAAACGAGAGUGCAAGACCCUCACAAAAGAAAUCAAGACUUAAGAUGAAUUGGUUGAAGUCAGCAACUAAGCAACCCAGCAUUCUUUCUAAGUUCUGUAGCCUGGGAAAAAUAACAACAAACCAAGGAUCGAAAGGACAAUCUAAAGAAAAUGAGUAUGAUCUUGAAGAGGACUCGGGGAAGUGUGAGAGUCAUAACACAGCUAAUGGUUGUGGACUUGAAUCUACAGGAAAUAACGUUAAACCUGUCAAUGUUAAUGAAGCUAAGCCCAUUAACAAAGGUACAGAGCAAAUUGGUUUUGAGCUAGUGGAGAAAUUAUUUCAAGGUCAGCUGGUGUUAAGAACUCGUUGCUUGGAAUGUGAAAGUUUAACCGAAAGAAGAGAAGAUUUUCAAGACAUCAGUGUGCCAGUGCAAGAAGAUGAGCUUUCCAAAGUAGAGGAGAGUUCUGAAAUUUCUCCAGAGCCUAAAACAGAAAUGAAGACCCUGAGAUGGGCAAUCUCACAAUUUGCUUCAGUAGAAAGGAUUGUAGGAGAAGAUAAAUAUUUCUGUGAAAAUUGCCAUCAUUACACUGAAGCUGAACGAAGUCUUUUGUUUGACAAAAUGCCUGAAGUUAUAACUAUUCAUUUGAAGUGCUUUGCUGCUAGUGGCUUGGAGUUUGAUUGUUACGGUGGUGGACUUUCCAAGAUCAACACUCCUUUGUUGACACCUCUGAAAUUGUCACUGGAAGAAUGGAGCACCAAGCCGACCAAUGACAGCUACGGGUUAUUUGCGGUUGUGAUGCACAGUGGCAUUACCAUCAGUAGUGGGCAUUACACUGCUUCUGUGAAAGUCACUGACCUGAACAGUUUAGAGCUAGAUAAGGGAAACUUUGUGGUUGACCAAAUGUGUGAAAUAGGUAAGCCAGAACCAUUGAGUGAGGAGGAAGCAAGGGGUGUGGUUGACAAUUAUGAUGAUGAAGAAGUGUCCAUUAGAGUUGGUGGAAGUUCACAGUCAAGUAAAGUUUUGAACAAAAAAAAUGUAGAAGCUAUUGGACUUCUUGGAGGACAAAAGAGCAAAGCAGAUUAUGAACUAUACAACAAAGCAUCUAAUCCUGAUAAGGCUGCCAGCGCAGCGUUGGCUGAAAGUAGAAACUCUGAGACCAACAGUACUAAUGGGACCCAUGAAUCUGACAGCAGUAAGGAGUCCAGUGACCAAACAGGCAUUAAUGUGAAUGGAUUUGAGAACAAAAUUUCCUAUAUAGUGCAAAGCUUAAAGGAGUAUGAGGGGAAGUGGUUGCUUUUCGAUGAUUCUGAAGUGAAAGUUACGGAAGAGAAGGACUUUCUGAAUUCUCUUUCCCCUUCUACGUCUCCUACAUCUACUCCUUACUUGCUAUUUUAUAAGAAAUUACAGAGUUGAGUGUAUUUUCUUUGUGUAUGUAUUAAACAGACCUGCACAAACGUUGGUAAAGUUGAUUACAUCGAAGUUUUUAGCGUUAUCUUUUGAAGCUACUGGGUAUUAUUGGUCUCUCUAGGUUUUUAUAUAAAUAGUGAAAUUUGAAUUACUGAAAACCAUGUUAAUUUUUAGAAUUCCUUAGUAGAGACUAGUGAUGCGUUAGCUUCUGGGAACAAACUUGUAUAGGUUCCUAAUUAUCCAAAAUGGAAGCAUUUAAACACUUUUGGAUUCACACCAGUCUUUUGUGUUUGCUUUUUAAAAUAAAAUGCUUGUAUUUGUAUUCUCCAUAUUACGGAGUAAUUAUCUACAUGAUGUCUACAGGUCCUGUGGUUUUUCACCUAAAAGCAGAAUCUCAUUCAGUACAUUUAAUUUUAUAAGAGUCGGGAAGCUAAAUCUUGGAUGGGCUGUGUCAGGCGCAAAGUCUGGAAUGUGUGUAUUCACAGUGGUGUACGUUUUGUGCCUUGAGUCACUUUGAAAAGUGUCGCAGAAAACUUGGACAGUCCUCAUCUGUCUUCACAAGAAUUUUGAAUGUAUUUAUGAAGACGAUUCUGUAUCCCAGUAGAUCUCUUUGGGCAUGGACUAAUUUGUAUCUCUUCAUACUUGAUAUUCUGCACGAUCUGUACAUAGUACCUCAGGCUUAGAGGUGUGACCUUAAACUUUAACUUUUUUUUAAAAAACCAGGAGGUCAAUAAAAUUUAAACUGCUUAACAACUAUGUAUACAAAUGUUCGAAUUUUUUACUUGCAUAUUUUUAUCAUAAAUAAGAGUUCUCUUAAGCAGAAUAGGUACAUAUAGGGAAAGAAUAAACAUGCAUAAUUACCUUUAACAUACUCAAUACUUUCAGACCGUGGAGGUGGAAAAUUUUCAAAGACGAAAUUGUACUUAGUCCAUCUAAGUUGUCAUAUUUACAAGGUUUUAAUAAAAAUUGUUGCCUCUA